AUGGACAAUAAAGGUAUGCAAUAUCAUCCACAGCCACCACAGCCACCACCUUAUGGUGUAGGCUACUCCCAGGCACAUAGUGCGAUUUAUGUUCAACCGACGAUGUAUUCAGUCCCGGUACAGAUGGUAGUCAUGCCUCCACACACGGCACAUAUUCCAGAUUUCAUGUGUUGGUCAAUUGCCAAUAUCUUUUUUGGUGGUAUUAUCCUUGGUCUAAUAUCGCUUGCGCUGUCAAGUACCACACGGAGUUAUAAACGAUCAGGCGAUGCAGGUUCAGCGAAAGGAUGGGCAAUUGCUACAGGACCGAACCGUUAA